UGAAAAUCGAUCGUAUUUUAGUUAACCAAUGAUUUUAAAAAACGAAACAGGAUUUGUUAGCACAAUGGAAAGUUAUUUGUGGUAACAUGAAAUGAUUUAUGAAAUAUCUUUUUCUCUAGAAGUAAAGUACAAUUUUCAGCUUAUUUCUAUGAUUCACAUAUUGAAAUAGGAUUAUGUUUAUUCUAAACCGUUACUGGCUUAAUGUACUUUAUAUCUGAUAUCAGAAUUACUUCUCUAAAUGUCAAGUUCGAAAGUUAUUGUUAUAGAGAGACCUGAAAACUCAAAAAGCUUUACCCAUGAUGAGAUCAGCAAUACAUGUGGCAUGGUGAAAGCAGAAAUCAUACUUUCUAGAUUACGUAAAGCCAAAGAAUUAUCAUCAGAUUCUUAUCUAAUCAUUGUUGAUAUGAGAGAGACGAGACUUUACCAAUCUGGUCACAUACUUACUGCUCGUUCAGCAAACUGUUACACAAAAACUAUGGCCAAACGAGCUAUCCAGUCAUGGGAUAUUUGGUAUACAGAAACACAUGGAUGCCCUGCACCUUAUACGGAAUCUCCAGUGUCAUUUAUUUCACAAAUAUCACUGGUUAAACCUGCCAUUGUGGUUUAUGAUCAACGUAGUAAUUUUGCGUCCAUUUCAACACUUAAAGAUAAAAAAGUUCGAGCUGAAUUGCAUUUUAUUUCUGCUCUACUAGCUCGAGGAAAUCGAGUUUACAUGAUUGAUGGAGGUUUCGAAGCAUUUCGAAGUCUUCAAGAUUCUCAUGACUUCAUUGAUCGAAAUAUACCACUUUUUAUUAAUUAUAUAAAUACUGAUGAUAGUUCUUGUUCCGAUGCUGCAUCACCUUCAUUAAGUGAUAAUUCUGAAGCUUCAUCAAUUGUAUCACGUGUAUUCAAUGAUAAAGUAAUUUCUAUGAAUGGUAAUAAUAAUAUUAAUAGUAUAAAUACUAACCAUAAGUUACUUUUAGAUGAUAUUUCUUGUUAUAAAUUAGAUAAUUUUGAAUCCAACGAUACAGAAAAACUUAUUUCUUGUUUAAAAGAUUGUUCCCGUGAUGAAACAUUAGUUGUACGAAUUAAACAAACACCAUUAAGAGUAAAUGAAAUACAACAAAAUAAUGAUGAUGUAUUAAGUGCAAGUAUAUCACAAAUUUUACCAUUUCUAUAUUUAGGUAAUGCACGUGACUCGCAAGACGUUGAUCUGAUAAGACAAUUAAAUGUAACACAUAUAAUUAAUGUGACAGAUACAUUGCCUAUGCCAUUCAGAAAAUUAAAUCGGAUACAAUAUUUGCAUAUACCUGCUACAGAUACUACAAAACAAAAUCUACUCCCAUCUUUCGAUCGAGCUGUACAAUUCAUAGAAAAAGCAAGAAAACAUAAUGGUAUCGUUUUAGUUCAUUGUUUAGCCGGUGUUUCACGAUCAGUUGCAGUUGUCAUGGCCUAUCUUCUAUACAAUAAUCGUGGAUUAAAUGUUUACAAAGCAUUAGAAUUUGUACAAGCACGUCGUUCUGUUGCUGGGCCAAAUUUACAUUUUAUGGGACAACUUCAAGCUUAUUAUCAUGAUUUACAUAGUCGUAAAUCAAAUAUUUUCUCUGAUAAAUUAAAUAUGAAAUCUAAAGAUAAAUUAACAAAACGUAAUAGUGCAGAAAAUUUAACUGGCAAAUCGAAAAGAAACAAUCUACCUCGUAGUGUAAGUUUAUCAUCUAACUGGAUUCAAUCACAAUCACGUUCCUCUUCUGUACUAUGUAAAGUUUCUAGUUCAAGUAAUACUACUACUCCAGGGUAUGUUACUUCAAAAUUAUCUAUUUAUGAUUUGGGUAAUAUUAAAAUUAACAGUAAAAUAUCUAUGAAUUCAACAUGGUCUGUAAGUACAACAUGUACAAAUCAUCAACGUUCACUUGUUCGUAAAUGUUCACAUGAAUCAAAAACAACUUCAAUGAUACCAAUCAAAACUAAAAAGUAAUUAUAUAUAUAUAUAUAUAUAUAUAUAUAUAUAUAUAUAUUCUUCUAAAAUUCAUCAUGUAAUAUAGACAAAUGAUUUUUGCACAUGGAAUAUAACUUUUCUUGUAAUCCUUAAGUUGAAACAGAUUUUCUUAUUGAAUUGUACUAAAUAACACCUUUUCCUUGGUUGUCUACUAUGUUCAUUAUGUUCACCAUCACCAGUUUGUUUUGUCUUGUUUUCUUCUUCUUCUUCUUUUCACUAAACACUGUAAGCAAUAAUGUGAUUAUGUAAUUAUUAAUUUUUUUUUAUGUAUUCACAAAUGGAAUGCAACAAAUUUUCGUAUCAUUUUGUGGAUACUAUUAUUUUUGUAUUAAAUAUUUUACAAAAAAAAAUUUCACUUCUACUGUAUAAAUACUACUUAUUCAAAUCUCUUUAAUUUACUCUUUAUUUAAAGUUAAAUAAUUUUUUUUUUAAUAUUUAACUUUACAAAUUUAAUUCAUUUUGUAAAAGAUUUUUUUUGUUAUUUAUUUUGAAAAAAAAGUUUUUUUUUAAAUUUUAAUGUAACAAUAAUGACAAAAUGAAUAAAUAGUAUUUUUUUUUGUUAUUUUAUUAUCUCCCUGAAGACGUCCAGUCAAGUUGGCCGGACGAAACGUUGGAAUAAUUUAAAUUUCAAUCGCUGAGACUAUUUCAAAUAUAAUUUUUUCACA